AUGCAACAUCUCGGCGAUGGUUCGGGCAUCUACCCCGCACAAACGGGAGCAGAAUAUAUCUACACAAACACUAUGACGGACAGCAUGGCGCAAGGUGGUGUGGUGGGCGGCGAAACAGGCCAGGUGGACGAUGUACAGUCAACCAACGCACUUGGUCUGUCGCACGAAGAGUUCCUUAGGCUCUUCACGAGCGCGGUGACCCGUGGGGCCAACACCGCUCUCAGCGCUGUCUCUCCGCCUGACGGCGUCGGGGACCACAUCGAGCACGGCGGGGCCAGCAUGGGUCUCAACCACAACCACGUCGCCACCGAAGGCCCGUCUUCCACUUGCGUUCAGGACAACCCGCUCCAAGCGCCCCACACGCCCUUGACGGUCUCGACGCCUGCCUUGUCUCCGGAUCUCGCGAGUCCCUCUCCGUCGCUGGCCGUCGCUUCUCCCAGCGCGCCACCUGUUACUGGAGAUGUCAGCGCGCAGGACAACUGGUGGGAGAACAUUGAUUGGGAUGGCCCUAUGAUCCGUGAACUGGAUGAGGAGAUAGCUAAGUUGUCGGGAUCUGCGACGAUGAAUCACGCACAAGAUGCGCCUCGCGCGCACACCCAUGGGCGCUACGAGCCCUAUCGCAAGUCUCAGGCUGUCGCCACCGGCGCAGACCUGAGCGAGCAAAACGAAAUAUCAACCGACGCCGCCUUCGCAGGAGGUGUCCCGUCGAACGACGCAGGUGGAAUCACGUCAGCCCACCACAGUGCAGCGCAGGUAGCGACUGCCCCCACUAUCGUCCCAUCGCACGCACAUGGAGAUGCCGUGGCGACGCAGGGGCAGGCAGCAGUCGCGAACGAUCGAUGGUCGAGCCCAACGCUCGAAGCCACCAUGGCCCCGAUCGUUCUACACUCCCUCGACGCCAUUCGCCACGGUCAUGACGCCGACAAACGGGAAUGCAGUUUCAUGCUGAGGCGUACAGGUGACGCCGCGCACUCGCCGUGCAGCAUGAGAUUCAAGACCAAGACGGUCCGUGACCGGCAUGUGCAGAGUUGCCACCUCAAGACUCUGAGUUCGGUAUGCGGCCUAUGCGACAAGCACAGCAGCGGAUUCUCGCGCGGAGACGCCCUCCUGCGUCACAUGAAGAAUUCCUGCCCGGUGACGAAGAGGUGGAAAAAGGAACAUGGAGAGGAAUAUGUGAAGGCGUAUCUGAGGUCGAUCGGGUAUAAGCAGUAUAAGCCCAGGAAGCCGAGGACGGGCGCCUAA